AUGCACGAUACGGCAGAUUUGAACAAGGCACGUCAGCUGCUGCUUGUCUUGCCCAACCUCACAAACUCUUCCUCAAGCGUUACAUCAUCCCGCACUCUUGCUGAUAAGCAUACGGGCGAGCAGGCGCUCUCUCUUCAAAGUGGCUCUCAGAUGCCAUUAGGCUCCGAGCUGGUGCUGUUCAAUCCACUGCUCAGCGAGAACACGCUCGGCAGCGAUGGGACCGAGACGAGCUUUGGACCCCCUGGAGGCCUGGACCAGCGCAUGUGGGCCAGCGGAUCGUUCGAGUUUGAGAGGGGGAAGCAGCUCAAAGUCGGGCAGGGCGUCCAGUGCGAUGUAGCUGUGGAGAGUGUCGUGCCAAAACAAGGCGCCAAGACCGGCUUGAUGGUGCUGGUCACGCGUAAGCUGGUUUACAAGAAUGCUGAGGGGGUGGUCAUGACGGAAAGGAGGUGCCAUGUCUACAGGAAGCAAAGACCUGCAGAUCAACGCAAGUACAUCCCACCGACUGAAGGAAAGACGCCGACUGCUUCCGAAGUCGAAGAGAAGAGCUCAGACUUUGGCUUUGACUACUAUGCUACCCGAGCCGGGCUCUUCCGAUACUCUGCUGCGACCUUCAACGCCCAUCGCAUCCAUCUAGACCCGGAGUACUGUCGAAACGAGGAAGGUCACCCAGACUGCCUCGUCCACGGACCACUGACAGCAACGCUGCUGCUCAAUUUGGUAGCAGCCGCUGCGAAGGAGGCUACAGGACAGGUGCAGAGGUUCGAGUAUCGCGCCACAUCACCAUUGACUGUAGAGCAGACGGUACGCUUGCGCGGAGCAUGGCAGGACGCUGACAAGAAGGCUACUUCGUUGUGGGCUUUGAAUCAAGCGGGCACCGUGUGUAUGACGGCCAAAGCCACCUUGUUCUGA